UACGGUGAGAUGGAUCAUAGUCGAGCUUUGUUCAACUCUGUGACAUUUACAGGGCCUACCCACAACUCGCUCUCUCUAGAGCCAAAUGUUACGCAUAUGCUUCAUUUUCUCUCUCUCUAGAUUUCAGUUUGAUCUAAAUGUAACAUUUUUCACAUCUGAUCUCCCAGAGUUUCUCUGAAACACCUUUUUUUGCAGUUAAUCGAGGUAUUUUUGUUUCAUUCCUUCUGUGUUUUCUCUCUCUAGGUAUGUGGUUUAUUCUAUGAACUGUGAAGGGGUUUGGAGUAUUGGGUAUCAAAUACAAUCGCGAUUUAUAGAGAGUGAAAGCAGAAACUUCUCUUGUUCCUUCAAUUGCUUUGCUUCAUAGAGUUUCGUGGUUUUGAAGAGAGAGAAAAUACAUGAAUUUAAACAAAUGUUUUUCAAUUGGGAUCUCCCACUUCUUGUAUGCUUAAAGGGAUCUGCGUUGCUGAGUUUCAUAUGUAAUUUCUAGAGAGAGAGAGAGACGGUUGGCAUGUUCUUCAUUAUUUUGUAGCAUAGAGCUGUUUGGUGGUCGUGUGGACAGAGAAAGUGCAGAAUCUUACUGGGUUUUGGAAACUGGGAUUGAUAUUCAUGCUGUGAUCCUCAGAUCUUGGACUCCUCCUUGUAAAAAAUGGAGUAUAUAGCUCCACUGGAGAGACCUAAUUUGCUUCGUGGCCUAUAAUUUGAGUUUGAUGGUUGCAAUGAGAGUGAAAGUGCUGCUUUCUUCUAGGAUUUCAUUCAUGAAAUGGAGGUUCGUUCUUUUAUACUCGGAUCUUGGAGCUCUUUCGGCCUAAAAAUGGAGUAUAUGUCGAAAUUAGAAAGAUCCAAUUCUCUCAUUGGAAUUUUGUGGAAAGUUUGUUUGUCUGAGGGAACUUGAGCUGAAAAAUUAUAGGGUUCUUCUCAACAUUCAAGAAAAAGUUUUGGAUUUUCGCCUUUUUCCUGCAUUGAUGUUGAGGGCGACUUGUUGAGAAUAUUGUGGGCGAAGUUUUAAGCAAGAAGAGAUGUUUUGGCGUGAAAGGGAUAGGGAAAGAGAGAGAGAACAGAAUGGCACUCCUCUUUGUGGCCAGGUCCGAGUCCUCGUUGUCGGCGACUCAGGUGUGGGGAAAACAUCUCUUGUUCAUCUAAUUGUUAAUGGUUCUUCUAUUGCUCAUCCGCAGCAAACAGUUGGGUGUACGGUGGGUGUGAAGCAUGUUGCAUAUGGUAGCUUCAGUAGCUCUUCCAAUAGCAUCAAUGGUGAUGGUGAGAGAGACUUCUUUGUGGAGCUUUGGGAUGUCUCUGGACACGAUCGGUACAAGGACUGUCGAUCUCUUUUCUAUUCACAAAUCAAUGGUGUUAUUUUUGUCCAUGAUCUAUCCCAAAGGAGGACCAAAUUAAGUUUGAGCAAGUGGGCUUCAGAGGUUGCAGCCACAGGCACAUUCUCUGCCCCUUUGGGUUCAGGUGGCCCUGGAGGGCUGCCAGUCCCUUACCUUGUUAUAGGCAACAAAGCAGAUGUAGCAGCAAAGGAGGGUACACAGGGAAGCAGUGGAAAUUUGGUGGAUGCCGCUCGUCAAUGGGUUGAGAAGCAAGGCCUGCUCCCGCCAAGUGAAGAGCUUCCUUUGACUGAGAGCUUUCCAGGCAGUGGUGGUCUACUUGCUGCUGCAAAAGAAGCUAGAUUUGACAAAGAAGCCCUGACAAAGUUCUUUCGUUUGUUGAUUAGGAGAAGAUACUUUCCUGAUGAUACACCGCCGCAACAUCCAUGGUCAUUGACACCAGUCCAAAAGCCGAUACACCAUUCAGAUGAUAGUAUAACUGAAGAUGAGCCCAUUCGGAAGCACACAAGUUUGGGCAGCGAGGAUUACAGGUAUAAUGCGCUCCCUCCUCUUCCAGCUCAACGAAAUCUUACCCCACCUCCAACACUCUAUCCUCAACAACCCAUGACCAAUCCUGAUUCUUAUAGCAUUCCGAGAUUCUCCAUGGCUGGAUUGCAGGACUAUUCCAGCAGUUCUAAACCUAAAAGAACAGACAUUAAUGUUUGAAAAGUUCUAUAGUUUUGUAAGCUUACUCAUUGUGUGUAUGUGUGUGUGUUCCACUGGUAGUUGGGUUGAUUGUAUUGAUUCUUGGAUUGAUCCUUGAAAGGUCAGUUCUGUAUUUUUUUGAUUGUUAUAAGCUGUUCAUUUGUUC